ACAAGCCAGACUGUCUGCAUCUGUUUGCCUUCUUUUCACCCCAAUUACCCCCAAACAGCUGUUCCAAAAUCUGCGGCCAACGUCUUUCAAUAACCAAUUCAAAAAAAAUAAGCUUAAAAAGCAGAUGAAAAAUUAAUUAUUUUCUUCAUUUUAUUUUACAUGACACAUUUUUUUCUAAUUCACUCAAAAAGUAUCGUGUUAAAUAAUUAAAAAUAAUAAAAUAUUAAAUUCCUCUUUAUCCUUCACCAUAAAUAUAUUUAAGAAUUGAUUUAGCUAAAGUUUUAAAAUUAUUUUUUAUUUUAUUUUUAAAUAGCUUUGCCGCAUAAAAUGAAACGGAGAAUCAGAAAAAGAUAAGUAUAAAUAGUGACUCUUAAAAACAUCACAUCAUACAGCCAAGCAGUUUUGUGUUUUGUGGUCUGCACGUAGAGAGAGAGAGAAAGAGAGAAAGGGUCCUUUCUUGCUGGAACACGGGAUCCUUUCAAUUUAGAAAAAAAAAAUCUGUGCUGACAAAUCACAAGCCUGACCUGCAUUUUUCUCUCUGCUGUGUCUCACGAUGGUUGCAGAAGGCUUCAAAGUGGAUUUAGAUAAACCACUUGUAUUCCAGGUUGGCCACCUUGGGGAAGCUUAUCAAGAGUGGGUUCACCAGCCCAUUCCUACCAAGGAAGGUCCUCGAUUUUUUGAAAGUGAUUUUUGGGAGUUUCUGACUCGCACAGUUUGGUGGGCAAUUCCAACCAUAUGGCUUCCAGUUGUGUGCUAUAGCAUCUCCACAUCUAUCCGUAUGGGUUGUACUGUUCCAGAGGUGGCUCUGAUUGUGGCUUUUGGCAUUUUCAUCUGGACAUUGAUGGAAUACACUCUUCAUCGUUUUCUUUUCCACAUCCAUACAACUAGCUAUUGGGGAAACACCUUUCAUUAUCUUCUUCAUGGCUGUCAUCAUAAGCAUCCCAUGGAUGGUCUACGGCUUGUUUUUCCUCCUGCUGCAACAGCUAUUCUCCUUGUACCAUUGUGGAAAUUGGUCAAAUCCCUAGCAACUCCCACUGCUGCUCCUGCUUUGUUUGGAGGUGCUUUAUUAGGCUAUGUUAUGUAUGAUGUAACUCAUUACUACUUGCAUCAUGGACAGCCAACAAUUGGAGUGCCUAAAAGUCUUAAGAAAUAUCACUUGAAUCAUCAUUUUCGUAUUCAGGACAAAGGUUUUGGCAUCACCUCCGCUUUCUGGGACAAAGUGUUUGGAACACUACCACGUUCAAAAUCAGCCAAGAACAGAUGAUUCACUUUUGAUAGGAGAAUCACAGCAUCAACCGCUAUUUAUUAGAAGCCUAUAAUUUCUUUUCCUUUGAAAUCCAGUUCCAAUUUUUUUAUAUGCCACUAUAUUCAUGUUACAGUUUAAUUGGAAGUUGGCAUUUCAGCCUUGUGACAGCGUGUGUAACGGUUACAUAGCUUGGCGGCAAAACAUUGUGUUCAUUAGUCCCUCUAGGUUGUAUUUAUCUUCAUCAUUGGGCUGUAUGUUGGCAAACUAUUGAAUCUUGUACCAGUUUGGCAAUAGGAAAAAUCUGAUGAAUGCAUGGCAA